AUGCCGCUGACCUUCCAGGAUGUGGCCGUGUACUUCUCUCAGGCGGAGGGGCAGCAACUGGGCCCCCAGCAGCGGGCGCUGUACAGGGAUGUGAUGCUGGAGAACUACGGGAACAUGGCCUCCCUGGGAUUCCCUGUCCCUAAGCCGGAACUGAUCUCCCAGCUGGAGCAAGGGGAGGAGCUGUGGGUCAUGGAUCUUCUGGGAGCUAAGGAACCAGAGGUCUUGAGAAGAUGCCAGAAAGGUGAGAGUGGAUGGCCCCACGAGUGCAAUCAAUGUGGGAAGUCCUUUCGUCAGAGUUCAAGCCUUAUUCGGCAUCAGAGAAUUCACACUGGAGAGAAGCCCCAUAAAUGCAAUCAAUGUGGGAAAGCCUUCAGUCAGAGAUCAAGCCUUUUUCUCCAUCUCAGGGUUCAUACUGGAGAGAAACCCUAUGUAUGUAAUGAAUGUGGCAGAGCCUUUGGUUUUAACUCUAACCUUACAGAACAUGUAAGGAUUCACACUGGAGAAAAACCCUAUGUUUGUAAUGAGUGUGGGAAGGUCUUUAGUUGGAGUUCUACUCUUGUUCACCAUCGAAGAGUUCACACUAGGAAGAAGCCUUAGUGUGUUGAAUGUGGGAAGGCCUUCAGCCAGAGCUCCCAGCUCACCCUACACCAGCGAGUUCACACUGGAGAGAAACCCUACAAAUGUGGUGACCGUGGGAAGGCCUUUAGCCGAAGGUCAACCCUCACUCAGCAUGAGAAAAUUCACAAUGGAGAUAACCCUCGUAAAUGCAGAAAAUGUGGUCCAGCUUUUGUUCAUGGCUCUGGCCUUAUACCAGAUGGAUAGAUUCUCCCUGGAGAGAAAUGUGGCAGAGCCUUCAACCAUGGUGCAAACCUCAUUCUGCACUGGAUAAUUCACACUGGUGAGAAAUCCUUGGGAUGUAAAGAAUGCGGAAAAACUUUCAGUCCCACCUCACAACCCAUUGAAGAUCAGAAAAUCCAGGCUGAGGAAAAACCCUACAAAUAUCAAGAAUGUGGAAAAGCCUUCAGUAGGGGUUCUACCCUUAUUCAACAUCAGGUAACUCAUAAUGGUGAGAAACCUUAUCAUCACCCUGUGUGUAGGAAAGCCUGUCCUUUGCAACUCACACCAAAUCAGCGAACUCAUGUUGAAGAGAAACCUCCUUUAAAUGAUGGAUCUGAAAGAUACUUUAUUCAUAUCAAAAAGAUUUUCCAAGAAUCACAUUUUUAA